AUGGAAAUUUUGCCCGACGAGCGGCAAUACACAAUCAUCCUGUCAUCAGCCGGCCUGUCCAGCUCCUCGUCGUCGCCGUCCGAGUCCCCAGAGCUCGCAUCACAAUUCUCCUCAACGCCGCACGCCACCUCAAGCGAAUUCAUCGCUGAAGCAACAGAUCGUCACCCCAACACCGAAUCUCCUCCACGGAAAGGGCCCGGAAAUUUUGUCCGCCGACCGAAGGUCUCGCCUGCUCGUGCCCACCGGCUCCACCUAUCGCUUUCUUUCCCCCGUCACCAAAUCCCUUCGCUACUCAACUGCGCUCACGCUCUCCACGACCGCGUCAUCGCCGCAUUCCACGCUCACCAGUCGAGUCAAGCGCCAAAGCAACGACCAAGGUCAUCCGCCGAGCAGGAUGACACAAUGCAUCGAGUGGCGCGGUAUGAUGCUUCGGGCGAAUUCACGGCGCGUGAUACCUCUCCCGAGCGAAUGCGGAAGACCAACGGCACUUCAGAUUUGUCGCGGGAGGCGACGACGCCGCUUGGCGAGCGAGGCCGUCGCGUCUAUGCCGUCAAGCACCUUGCCAAACCCUCCGACGUCUCACACUCGUCGUCUCCGCGCCGUCAUCAUGGCCCCUCUCCUCCGUCUAUGAACAGCAACAUGGGCUGGCUCGUGCACGCUCAGCCAUUCUCGCUCCACCCACUGACUCUCCCUCUACCCACCGACUCUCCCUCGUCUUCCGCAUCGUCCUCGCGCAGAAUCAAGCGCUGA